ACUCAGCGCAUCGCGGCGGACAGCGCGAGCUCAUCUCCACUAUCUCUUCUCUCAGAUCACAGGGCUUAAUAACCGAGAGCCAUGGGAGUCAAAGGGCUGAAGAGCUACAUUGAGAACGGUGGCGAUGUCUUGAAGCCACGAAGGUUCAGAAACAGCUUGCUGGUUAUAGAUGGAUCAAAUUUGUACUACAACCUUUACUUCAGGACUGGUUUGGAUCAAGCUCACGGUGGAGAGUACAGAGCUUUCGAAAAAGAGGUCAGCAAGUUUUUUAACAACCUGAAACUUUGCGAGAUUAAGCCCUACGUCGUGCUGGAUGGAGGCGACGACAUCAGCAAUAAAAAGUUUGAGACUCUGAAGAGUAGAGCUGAAGAUCGGAUCAAAAGGACCGACGCCUUGUCCAGAGGUCGUUCAGGAGAGUGCCUGCCGAUCCUCAUCAAGAACGUGUUCAAGCAGCUCCUCAGGAAACUCGACGUGCCGUUAAUUCAGUGCAUCGCCGAGGCCGACUGGGAGAUCGCCGCUUUGGCCAACGAGUGGGAGUGUUCGGUUUUGUCCAACGACAGCGAUUUCUACAUAUUCGACCUCAAGAAAGGAUUCUUACCCCUCUCCGAGUUUGAGUGGCGAAGAGUGAGAACGAUAAAGAAGACCGGCGAAAGAUUCAUCCAAACCAAAUGUUUUAAUGUGAGCAGGUUGUGCACUAAAAUGAACCACAUGAAGAAGAAUCUCCUCCCUAUUUUCGCCACCCUCUUGGGCAACGACUACGCCAACCUGAAAAAGACAAUACUUCCAAACUGGACCAAGUUCGCACUUUGCCCUGGAGGAACCGGCCGAAUCGACGGCUUGCUCAGGUGGCUGUCUGGAUUUCGGAGCCCACAGGAUGCCAUUCGUGCACUUCUAAUCCAAAUUAAGGACCCGGAGGACUCAAUAACCGUUUCCCAAGCUCUUAAUCAGGGCCUAAAGGAGUACAAGCUCACUCCCAGCACCAUAGCCAAGUUCUUCAUGAGCGGUGAUCCACAGAGCAAGCUUCCGAAACCCUUACAGAACCUCCCGCAGUGGUUCCUAAAGGGCAUCGCGGAGGGUAAGCUCAACUCCAUCCUCCUCGACGUCCUGACGCUGCACAGGGUCACGCUCAACUGUUCCGUCCAGGACUUUAGACGUUCUAGCAGCAAUCUGACCUCCAGACCCAUUAGGCAGGUGUUUUACGGCAUAAUGCUGGCUCCAAAUCCGCAAAACGCCCGCCGAGCUCCAGCUCGACCGAGGUUUGAGGUGGAGGAGUACGACCGAGAAGGGCUCAGACUGGACAGCUCUACGGUUGUCGCCAAUCUGCCAAGCCAGAUCACCCCAGACCUUCACCUGGACACACUGUUGGAGGUGCCUCAUCAUGUUCGACUCCAGGUUUUCUUGGACGCUCUGCGUAUCUCACAGGCUCCUGACCACCUCCACAUCCCUCCUGGUCUACAGCUAGCCCUGUACGUCACAUGCUACUGGAUAAAACAUGCAGAACCAGAACCCAAACCAGAGUUCUUUGGGGCGUUGCUGGUCGGACUGGUCUACGGAGAGCUGUCCAGAGAUCCAGUUACAGAGAAAGUGGUGACUUCAGGGCUGAAGAGGCUGAAAAACUUUAAGAGCCAAAAAGAGAAGACCCGUCUGGACCUGGGCGUGGCUCACGCUUACAGCCAGUGGCAGUGCAUCAUGAGGGACAGUAUCUGCCUCAACCAGCUGCUGGACAACCCUGUUCCUGAACCCGAGUAUACCUGGUUGUACAGUGGAGUGUUUCUGUACAGUGUGGUCCAGGAGCUCUGCAGAGGCAUCACCCCCGACUCCCUGCUGGCCGGAGCUCCAGACGCCGUCAAUCUCUACCACAACCUGAGGAACGCUGUGGAGCAGCAGCUCAGCGAGGAAGUCAUCCAGAGGCUGGGGGUCGUAGUGAAGCAGGUCCAGCCGAGCAAGAGACCGGUCCAUCACGACCCGAUGGACGACCUCGCCAAAGGGUAUGAACGUCUACUGCUUGAGGAAGAGGAGGAAGACGAAGAUCUACAGAUAAAAGGAAAAAAGGGCAAAGACGGAAACCCUGGAGAUGAGAUUUACGACCAAACCUGCACGAGUCGCACAAGACACAGGAAACGAUCCGGCACGAAGGACCCGAAAUCCAAGAAAUACGAACGAGUCUGGGUGUAGGACAGGGGCUUCGUCUGGCCUGGGCUUCCGGGGCUAACGCCAAUUACGGAGCCAGUUCAAGGAUAAAGUUCAGCUUGCUGGUUUUGCAGAGCGCGGUGGGCUAGUAGGGAACCCUACUGACUAUUUCAUUUUUAAAUAGUUUUUAUUCAUUAGGAAUGCAGGAUUACUGUAAACUAUAAUUAACGAAAAUUAAUUUAGCUAAGCAGUUAGCUAGAAGCUGGAUGUUGUGGAUUUAGUAAUAUACUUAGUUUAAAUUGUUUUUUUAACCCUGGUCUGUGGCCUAAAAUUGUAUGUUUUCCACCUGAUCCAACUGAUCAGCUAAUAAACUACACAUUAUAGUGUUAAAUAUUAUAUAUCAGGAUACUAUAUGUAUAUAUAAUUAACAGGGCUGAGCCCCGGAUCUCUAAACUCCAGAAACAACAGUAGAACCUGUGGGAAUUUAGUAAUUUGUUCGGUAAUUAUUCGUACAUUCAAAGGUUUUUUGCUGCCCCCAGUGGGCCACAGAGGUACUGCUGGUGAGCUUUUAGCAAAAAAGUGUUUUAAUUAUCUUUAUUAUUUAAUGAACUUUAUUCUCAUUAACCACACUUUAUUAAAGCAGCACUGUUAUAGGAAAAUAAAUAAAAAAGAAUGAAAAAAAGGCAGGUCAAAUUAAAUAUCAUGCAAAUUGCUUGGUAAAUUAUUCGUACAUUUACUUUCUCACAAAAAAUAAAAAAAAGAUGUACAUUUAUGAUGCAAGCUCUUUCCAGACAGAUUUCAUGACUAAAAAACAAAAUACAGCAUUGAUUGACUGAUUAUAUCCAAUUUUAAUGAACUUUAUUCUCAUUAAUGAGCACUGUUAUAGGAAAAGAAAAAAAAAAGAAAAAAAAGCAGUUUAAAGUAAAUCUGCAUGCAAAUUGUUCGGUAAAUUAUUCAUUUAUUUACUUUCUCACCCAAAAAAAGACGUAUAUUUAUGAUGCAAGCUGUUUCCAGACAGAUUUCAUGACUAAAAAACGAAAAUACACCCAAUUUAACAAUUUAACCAUUUUUAUCUCGAAAAUUAAAAGCUGUAGACUGCUGCCCCCAGUGGGCUGUAGCGGUAGUGCGAGUGAACUGUUGAGUAAAAAAAUAUUAAAUUAAAAUGUUAAAAAAAAUUAUCCCGAUUUUCUCAAAAUGUGUAUUAUUUUUUUAUUUGGGGAUUUUAUUCUCACAAAUAGCACUUUAAUUAUGCAGCACUGUUAUUAAUAAGUAAUAAGCUUUAAGUUCUGUUUUUUUUCCUUAGUAGGUGGAAUCUGGUAUCUAUCUAUUGUUUGCAUUAAAGCACAUUAAAUGCUUUAAAACAUUUUUUUAUGUUUAAACUGAACACUAACAUUAUUAACAAUAUUAAUAUUUUAUCUUGCAUUUGAAUAUAUUUGCUGAUGCAAAAAAAUUAACUGUUUUUACCCAAAAUUGUAAAAUCCUGAUUUCUGUUUUGCAAUGGUUUCCGUUUUAAUUUCCUGUAAUUCCUGCUAUUUACAGUUUUAGGGUUUAAGUGUUUGUGUGUAAAAAACCCUCAGAUAUAAAAUUAAAAAUAGAAGAUUAGAAGUGUGAGCUGUAUUAUAGAGCAAUACUCAGGUGAUUUACACUCUACGUUUUUAAGUAUUUAAUACACAUGCAGCAUUAAUCUGUAGCUCUGAUUUUAACGAAAUAUAUAUUACAUUUUGUAUAUUUUGGGGCUUCUCAUUUAAGGCACUUUAAGAACAUUAUUUUUAGGGUAUUUCUUUUUUUAAUUCUUUGUUUACUUUGUUUGCAUGAGAAAAUGUCGUAGGAAUGCAUGUAAUUUACUGUUCAAGCUAAAAAAAAAAUUACCAUGUUGUAUAGAAAUAUGUUUUGCAUAAUAAUUUUAUUUGUGUACUGGAAUUGUCUCCCUUUCUUUAAGUAUUUGCAUUAAUCUGUAGUUCUGAUUUUUAAUAAACUGUGUAUUAAAGUGGA